AUGGCGGACACUGCGAAGAUUACCUUCUCGAAGUUGAACCAACAAAAUUGGACGUCGUGGAAACAACGCAUGGAGUGGUUGUUGGAAAAAGAAGACUUGUGGGAAGUGGUGAAUGCAUUUGAACCGGAUUCGGACGAAGAGACGGAUGAGUGGCGGAAGAAGGAUCGAAAGGCUCGGGCAAACAUUGGACUGUUCCUUGAAGAGAGCCAGUUCAAGUUAGUUCAACAAAGUGCUAAGGCAAUGUGGAAUGCGCUCAAAGAAAGCCACGAAAAAGCAACGAUGUCGACUAUCGCACAUUAUUUGAGUUUGCUUUGCGGUGCGAAUAUGAGUGAAAGUAAUUGUAAGAAGUGGUUGUCUAUGAAAAGUGAAGCGAACAGAAGCCAGGAAAAUAAGGGCAGAAAUUCGAAAGACAAAAGUGUAAAGUACAAAAGUGCUCACGGAGCGGGAAGUGUGGUGUGCUUCAUGGCUGGCGGUGGCCUUUCUAACUGGAUUAUCGAGAUCGGCGCGACGUGCCAUAUGACAGGCAACCGGUCGUUUUUCGCGGAGUUGAACAAAAGUGCGGUUUCAAGCGUGAUACUCGCGGAUGGUAAAAAGACCAGUGUUCGCGAAACAGGUCACGGUAUAGUGCGCGGUAUAGACGGACAAGGUGAAAAUGUGGAGAUAAAGCUGAAGGACGUGUUAUACGUUCCAGGUCUUGAUGGAGGACUGAUAUCGGUUUGUCAGCUGGACGCGAAGAAGUUUGUGAUCGAAUUCAACGAGCGGAAGUGCGAAAUAAAAAGUCGAGCCGGUGACAUCCUCGUCGUUGGAGACAAAGUGGGCAGUCUAUACCAACUUAGAUUGGCCCAAGGUGCCCGAAAAGUCAGCAACUGUCACGGAAACUGCCAGCACCUGUGGCAUAGAAGAAUCGGUCAUCGCGAUCCCGAUCUUCUGCGUGUCAUGGAAAGGUAUAAGUCGAGCGAAGCAGCCUCCAAGAUAAAGGAGUAUGUUCGUAUGGUUCAAAACGUAUUCGGUAGAAAGCCUCUUGUGAUUCGAUCGGACGGAGGCGGUGAAUUUGUAAACCGCGAAUUGCAAGAAUUCUACGAAAGCGAAGGAAUAAAAGCUCAGUUCACGACCCCGUACUCACCCCAACAAAACGGGGUAGCCGAGCGGAAAAAUAGGUCGCUGCAGGAGAUGGCUAAUUGCUUGCUGGCGGAUGCGAACAUGACGAAACUCUACUGGGGUGAAGCAGUGAUGACAGCAGCGUACCUGCAGAACCGACUACCAUCAAGAGUUAUCGUAGGAACACCUUAUGAACUAUGGACGGGGCGAAAGUCUAACAUCGGUCACUACCGUGUAUUUGGUUGUGAAGCCUACGUGCAUAUUCCGGAUGUGAAGCGGGCUAAGCUGGACCAAAAGGCGAUAAAAUUACGUUUCGUCGGAUACAGCGAGGACCAUAAGGGAUACCGUUUUCUGGAUCAGUCUACAAACCGGAUAACCACGGAAUAA